UUAUGGGUUUAUUUUAGGCCUUUAUUUUCUUGUCUCAUUCCAUUGUUGCUAUGGUAACCUUCCACAUCCCCCAAAUUGCCCCUUCAUCUGGCUGAUGGGUGGUCCUUUUUCUUUUCUUCAACAAGGCCGGUGCACAUACAGAGCUUGUUUUGUUGUCUCUAUCUCUUUCUUUCAGUUUUUUUUUGUUUGUUUUUUGUUAGUAUGUUUGUUGGAGAAUGGAGAAGGCUGGAGACCAGAUGACAGCAAAUUGAUCCAGUCGGCCACAGAUGGAGAUGUGUGAAUUGAGACUGAGUGGUUCAGGCCUCUGAGUGUCACGUUUCACUCGGCCCUCCUGAAGUCUGGUUUUCCAAACAAUACAUUUGCACCCAAUAGUCUCCCCCGUUCUCUUUCUCUCUACACACACUUUAUUAAAGUCUUAAAUGGCGUUCGUGACAGAGGACAUAAACACCCUUAUCUGAAACUGCUGUGCAAAGCCAGUAUCAAGAAGAGGAAGUGCUACCUUCUCUGCCACAUCCUCUCAUUUGUGCUUAUCUUCCCUUUCGACCCUGUGACAUGUUAUUUUCUUUUAAAGCAACGCUUUGAAAUUGAGUGCAGUCAGACCUUUUAUGUUGAUAGAAUUCACAAAAGGCUCUAUUCAGAUCGAGUACAGCCCUCCGAUUCUUAUAUUGCUGUUUUGACAGCUUAUGGAGUUGACAUCAUAUAAGGAACUCUAUUCAGCUGAACUCACCCGAUUCUGUUGAGUUGCUCUCAGAGUGCUGAAGGUUUUGUCGACAGGUGGUCCCACCUUGAGGAGAAGCAAUGGAGGCUAGUGUCUUUCAGUAUCACAAAGAGGAAGACACUGUGGACAUACAGUCUUUUCAGGGAGAGAAGCAGAAGCUCAUUCAGCCAACAUCUUUAAAAGAUCCCAAACUUGAAAAGCUAAAGGAGACAUUGGUUUCUUGGAUCAAUAACACUUUGAAACCGGAGCACAUAGUGGCUCAGAGUCUGGAGGAGGAUCUGUUCGAUGGACUGGUGCUUCAUCACCUGCUGUCCAGGUUGGCCGGUGUGCACUUGCCUGUGGAAGAGAUGGCACUGACCAGCACUGCUCAGAUCCGCAAGCUGGAAGUGAUCCUGGAGGAGUUGGACAAGAGACUGGGCCUGCAAGACAGCAGCCAGAUCAAGUGGAACGUCAAACUCAUCCACAGCAAAGACCUUCUGGCCACAAUUCAUCUGCUGGUUGCCAUGGUGAGAUGUUUCCAGCCUGAACUGGAUUUGCCGAAUGUGAAGGUUGAAGUUGUAGUUGUGGAAGUCAACAAAAGUGGAAUCAAAUCAGAGGUACAGAUGGAGGUCCUAACAGAGGAAAGCAAUGCAGGCGCAGACUCCGUCAGCAAUACUGAAAGGGAAGAUCCCAUCGAGCAACUUCUGAAGCUUGAGGCUCACAAGGUCAACACGGUGAAGCAGGCCAUCUUACACUUUGUCAACCAGAAUAUGUUAACCAUGGGUCUGCAGGUGGCUGAUAUGGACAGACAGUUUGCUGACGGUGUGAUUCUGCUGCUGCUGAUCGGACAGCUGGAAGGCUUCUUCAUCCCGCUCCAUGACUUCAACCUGACCCCUGUCAAUCACUCUGAGAUGAUUCACAACGUGACCUUGGCCUUGGACCUCCUUAAUGACACAGGCCUUCAAGUGUCCAGUGUUGAACCACAAGAUAUUGUCUCUCAGGACGUCGCUGCCACCUUAAAGGUCCUGUACGCCCUAUUCAAGAAGCACAACGGGAAACGUGAAGAGGAACUCAACAACCAGAAUUACAAAGAGAGCUGAAGAUGAGUGGAGUGUUUUGCCAGCUUGUGGUUUCUUCUGUCUCUAAACUGUUAUAGCUGACUUCAAUAACUUUAUUAGUUACAUCCCAUCUGUGUCUGGGCGUGUUCCUUACUUUUAGGUGUUCCCUGGAAACAGUUUGCGUCUGUAGUCUGUGCUACUUGCAGUAGUAUGCACACGCUGUAUUUGGUUGUGUUACUUUGCACAUAUGCUCUCAAAUAGGUGAAGAUGUUUUCUUAAUUUGCUUGUGUUUUGUCUAUUUGCAUGCGUUUUCUUAAGUUGCAGUGCGUUGAGCUCUCAGGCCACUGUACAGUUAACUGUUUUUAGCUGAUGCUCUCAAGCUAAUUUAAAAUAAGUGCAAGAAGCUUAAGUAGCUUUAACAAGUCACGCAUAAUCAACGAUACCUGUGUCUAAGGGCCCGGUCAGACCAGCAUUUAUGACAGCAAAAAUUUGGAGCAAAAUGAAUUCAUUUAAAUGAAAUCACUGCAGUGUGUGUAGUAGUGAAUUUGCUCAUGGGGGCAAAGUUGAUCCACAUGUUUUUUUCUCACAGAGCUUAAUUUUGAAGAACCUUGACGUGUGAAUUUGCGCUGUUGACCAACUGCAAACCAUCACUGCUGACCUUUAAGGGUGCCAAAGAGUCCAAAACAGAGAACGCUUUCAGACUAGCUGUGCUGCACCAUUCACUUGUCUAUAACCCUGCUCUGACGGAAUAUAAACUGCUCCAAAAAAAGAGGCACAGUUUGCAGUCAGUUGUAAGGCAGAAGUCUAUGGUACAAAUAAGUCUCUUAAAUAAACCUAUUGAAUUUUUGUCUAGUUAAAGAUUAAGUUGGUAAGCUAUUGUGGCAAGCGUCAGUAUGUUAGUGGCUAGCCAGCAUGUUAGUGUUUAGCUCACCAACUAGCCCUGCGACUAGUCACUACAUCACCAAGCCUCCAGCGCCACCUAUUUUGUGAGGACAGGUGGAUACAAGGCUUGACUACCAAACAAAGCAACUGCCCCAGGGCCCCAGAAGCCCAAGGUGUGUCAAGUACUUUGGUAAUUUGACUAAUUGCAAAAUUGUUGAUGUACUUUUACAGUCAUAUAUGACCGUUGGAGAGUACCAACAACAGGUGUAGCGGACCUUCGUCGUCAUGGUAACAAUAAUAAACAUGUGGUUAACGUUGUGAAACAAUUGCAGUUUGGUUAGGUUUAGGCACCGAAACUACUUGGUUAGGUUUAGAAAAAGAGCAUGGUUUGGGUUAAAAUAAGUACGCUGGUUACACAAGUCAAGUUAUGUACGUAAGUUAAGUCUGACUUACUAAUGUAACAUAUGUAAGUUAGUUAUUAUUUUAAAUUUGGUUCACAUUCAGUGACAAUAUACUGUAUGUAGUGUGGGUGUUAGUGUAGCCCAGAGUUAUUUCCUGGUAAACUUACUGUUUUAUCUCUUCCUCUCUUUCCUUCUCUAUAUUUCCUUUUCAGUCUAACACUGCCGGAACAUGGCACUUUUCAUUCUAGCUAUAGAAAACCAUCAGCCUUGACUGCCACUUCUCAAUAAACAAUGUGAAUUUCUUUCUUCUUCCACAUUUUCCCGAUGACAGUCUGUGACCUCCUCUUUUUCUAGUCUGUGAAUGUCAUUGUCAUUUCUCAGAAAAAUUGUGGGAUUUUUUUUUUUUUGCCAUUGAAUUGUUCACAACUCAAUGUCACACAUAUGUAGGGAGGGUGCGGCAGGCAGCGAUGGAGGGAGGCAGAGAGAACGAGAGACAGACAAUAGAUGUGAUUCCAUCAAAGCAUAUUGUGCAAAUUAUGUGUUGAAUUAAAAAAGCAAAGAAGUGUAAUUUUUUCAUUUAAAAUAAAUGUAUGUUCCUUAGCAUUAAAUAAUAAUGUCUUUACCACCGCCUCUCCAGUUUAGUUUUGUGGAUGUAGUUUGUGUAUUAGCAAAUUGCAGAGUGAGUUUCUUUGUUUUUGUCUUGAGGUUAAAGUAUGACAUUUGGGGAACACUAAACAAUAACAACAGCCAAUUUCACACUUCUUCCCUCCAGUUUUCUUGCAGAUGUGUUUGUUGACAUUCAGGAAGCCAAUUUAUUCAUUUCCAAGGUGAUGGAAAAUCCUCUAAAUUCACAUUUCAUUUCCCCUGACAUUUCAAAACGUUUGCAUAAAAUUAGCUCGGCAGUCAGAUGGAAACAUACCAAGUGUAUAAAGAGAGACAGAGAUAGAUAUGGAAAGAGACGCAGAGGUGUGUGUUGCUCUUGUUCAUCAUGUAAAUUGGCCGUUCAGUGGACACUUAAAGUUUUAUGAAAUCAAAAGUUGUAUGUGAAUGUUUGUUGAAAUAUAUGUUCAUAGUCAUCAAAUGUUGUGUAUUUCAGGGGUUUGAACUCAGGGAAUGUCUGCAUCAUUCUUGCUUGGAUAUGUUUCAGAGCAUAAAAUGUGUAUUAUUGUUCCAGUAAAUGGUUAAAACCUUGAGGAAAGUGUCCUGCCUGAAAGGAAGUGAAGUGUUUGUGCAGAGCCUUCUAAUAGAAUCUAUAAAUGACACGGAUUGAACUGGAAAUAAACAAAAACCUAGCCUCUU